AUGAAUGCAAAUCGCCUUGAUACUAAAUUUUCACUCGAUAAUAACCAUUUUGCGCCGGCAAUUUUGAAAUAUCCUGCUAUUUUAAAAACAGAUGAAAAUCAAGAAACACGCGGAAUUCUCGUGAGAGGACUUUCGUCAUCCGAAAUUCAAUUAUUGGAUAGAUAUGAAGGAGAGCAAUAUGUGAGAACCGACGUUGAAGUAUAUAUCGAAAAUACACCUUCAAAUAUACUUUACCAACACAAUCGGCCAGCACUGUCGACGAGUCUUUCUUCCCUCAAUGUCUCUUCAUCUCCGUCGUCAUCCCUUAAACUUUAUAACGAUGAGACAUACGAUGAAAUUUCAAAAUCUUCGAAAUCGCUAUUAGUACCAGCACAAACUUAUGUGUGGAUUGACUCGCCGGCAUUACUGGAAGAUGCAAGUUGGGAUCCAGAAGAAUUCGAGAGAGAGAAACUUGAAGAAUUUGAGAGAGUGGAACUUAAAGAAUAUCUUCUUUGA